AGGCCUGGAGGGAUGGAGGCCGGCGGGAUGGAGGCCGGGGCGGGGGCUGAGCGCCGGGUGGUGGCCGUCAGCAAUGCGGCCUUUGAGGACGACCCGCCGCCCUACUCGCCGCCCGACCCCAAGAGCGCGCAGCUGCUGUUCCCGGUGCCUUUCCACCCCCAGCCCCAUCCCCACCCGCCGCCCUUCGUACCGCAGCCGCUGCCCUACACCGCCUCCGUGGGGCCGCCCGGCACGGGGCCUCCAACCGCCGCCCAACAGCCGCCCAAGGACUACGUGGUGGAGUCGGUGCUGGUGACGGUGUUCUGCUGCCUGCUGACCGGGCUCGCCGCCCUCCUCUAUUCACACGAGACCCGCGCUGCGCUCAGCCGUGGGGACGUGGCCCAGGCCCAGGCGGCGUCCAAGAAGGCGCAGUCUCUGGUGCUGCUCAGCCUCGUCCUGGGGCUGUUCGUCUCCUUCAGUUGGGUCGUCUACGUCCUGGUGGCUCUGUAUUGGUGACGGGGCCGCAGGGACACGGAGCGCACAGCCCAGUGCCAUUGGUGAGGAGCAGCCGCCGGGCGAUGCCAGCACCGAGCCCAGCAGCCGCGUGCAGCAGCGGUCCCUGCACCGGAGAGCUCAGUGACUCUAUUGGGGCUGACAGUGGGAGCCGCACAACGCUGCGGGCAGCAGCACAGCUCCGGGUCACAGCGGGACGCGUGGCUCCGUGCAGGGCUGGGAAUGGAGCAAACGGCCCCGCAGUGCGCAGCCACAGCGGGCGGCUCUGCAUGGGCCGCUCUGGGCGUGCGAGCGCAUGAGAAGUCCCCCUGGUAAUUAGGAAUGUGCAAAGAUUCCCUACAUAUUUUAGCUUCUACAGCAAUCCUGCAUGCACAGCUGUGCUGCAUCGCCUCCUCCUCGCCGCUUCGUUUUAAAUAAAGCACACACAGCCAAA